AUGUCAUUUGUACUGCCUAUCCGGACCAGAAUGAAUGCCCAAUCUCCUAUCAAUGCUCUCCCGGUCGAGCUACUCAGUCUCAUCUUCGAGAGCCACGUUGCGCCUCCACCAGGUACCUUGGAAGGUAGUGAGUCGUGGUGGCAGCACAUGGGGCUGCGUCUUCAGAAGGCUACGCACCUGCAGUUGAUCUGUCGACAUUGGCGUGACGUUGCGCAGCGCACUCCGUCUCUCUGGACAGCAUUCGACGCGACAGGCAAGCCCGACUCGGAAGCUCUACAAUUGUGGCACCUUCCCCUCGAGCGCUCUGGUCGUCUUCCCAUCACUCUGCAUGUGGCUGGGUCCCUCAGCCACCACACAGAGCUAGUCUUCAAAUCGAAUCGCAUCCGAUCACUCAAAUGGAAUUCAUUUAGAGGGAACCAUCAAGAACUCCUCGUCCAUUUGGGUAUAUUGGAGACUUUGGAGUGGGACGAUUUUGGCAGCCUGACCGGUGAAAAUUCGCAAACGGAUCUUUCAGAGCUCGCUCGUUACUCACCAUGUCUCCGCAUACUUCAGCUGGAAGCGUGCACUUGGGUUCCUUCUGGAGUCUUCAAGAACUUGACACGUCUUCACCUCAGGUCCUACUCGGGGGAUAUGUCCAGUGUCCUUCUCUGGCUCCAAAGAUGCCCUGUACUGCAGGAUAUGGUACUUCAGUGCCCCGAAGAUGGGGAUCUUGGGGAUCUUGGGGAUCUUGAUAGCAUAAGUGUCGUCUCCUUGCCACACUUGCGCGCGCUCGUGCUUUCCCGCGUCUCUUGGGACCACUUCGCCGCCAUUGUUCCACGACUCGACAUUAGCCCCACCGCUGCGGUGCAAUUUCACGACUGGGAGCGUGGCUCUGAGAAGAUCGAUUGCGCGCGAAUGCUCGGAAGUCCACACUUUUAUCGUAUAGUUCUCGUAUCGCACUGUCAUGCAUUGGUCGCAGGCACUGACUCCGGGAUCUCGUUCUUCAAGGAUCGACUGAGUUUUACGGAGUGUCACUUGAGCUGGACAUCGGAAUUGUCAGCGAUGGUGCCGAUGGCCACGAUCAAGGAGCUAUGGUUUUCAGCGUCGGUGCUUUUCGUGCAGGACCUCAGGACUCUCCUCACGGAGCUGCCUGGUCUUACUUCUAUCCACGUGACAAGCACUCAGCUGAGGGAUGUUCUCCAAGUACUUCGGCGGGAGCGCGACCAACAAGGAGCGAUUAACUGUCCAGAGCUCAAAGCCAUCCAUGUCUUCGUCGAAUUUGAGGCCGCAGCCAAGGGUGCUCUCGCCCAAUUCAAAGCUCUCCUCGACGAAUUGGGCCCAUAUGAUAUGGUCAUCGAACACCUCCCGGACUGUGACGUCGACGGGAAGGCGCUGUGCGCCCACAAUACACAGCUCUUGUCUCGAGUGCGCGUCGUGAAGUGCGACAAACGACCAGGCGCUGGGAUACCCGCUGCCUGCUCUAGAUUGCCUAACCUGAACCUAGAUGCAGACGAGGACAAAUCAUUGUAA